AUGGGCUCAUAUAUCCACGGCGAGCAACUAAAUGAUAUCCAUGAAGAACCGGAAGCCAGCACCUCCUAUGCCCACUCCUCGCCAUCGGACCUCUCACCCCCAGCUGCGCUGCGCCGUUCUAUCAGCGAGCGCCCAGCGACAUCAUCAAAUCUCUUGUCAAGACUCCAUCCACCGCACGCCCGACAACGCUCCUGCUCGCAUGUCGCUGUAGACUUUUUCGACCCUAUGGGCGUGCGCAGACUCUCGCAUUCGUUGGCAAAGACACCCAGUCGUGCUGCAACUGAGGUCGAGGAAGCGCCUUCCUUGGAUUCAGAGGAAACGGUUAUUGUGGGCGAAGGUUUUGAUUUCGAAAAGGGGUUGAGGCAAUAUCUGAAGAAACGCGAUGAAGCGGGUGUCAAGUCUCGUCGCUUAGGUGUUAUGUUCCAAGAUCUUCGAGUUGUUGGUUUAGGUGCCACGGCGAGUUAUCAGCCAACGCUUGGAUCGCUGCUUAAUCCUAUCAAUAUCAUUGGUGCUAUUCGUUCUGCGCGGCAUCCGGCGUUACGAGAUAUCAUUAGUGGAUUUCAUGGCGUAGUUCGCCCGGGGGAAAUGUUAUUGGUUCUCGGACGACCUGGGUCAGGUUGCAGCACUUUCCUCAAAACCCUUGCCAACCAGAGGGAAGAAUAUCACUCUGUAGAGGGUGACGUCUUCUACGACGCUCUAACUCCCCAACAAAUUCUCAAACACUAUCGAGGGGACGUUCAGUACUCCCCUGAGGACGAUAUUCACUUCCCCACGCUCACUGUUGACCAAACGAUCCAUUUUGCAGCAAAGACACGAGCGCCACACCCACGCAUCCAUGAUCAGACGAGGAGCCAGUUCACGAGGAGGAUCACUGACGUGUAUUGCACUAUCUUUGGACUCAAUCAUGUGAAAGAUACGCCUGUUGGGGACUCGUCAAUCCGGGGGGUGAGUGGGGGUGAGAAAAAACGAGUUUCUAUCAGCGAAACACUUGCUACAAGAAGCCUAAUCACCUCUUGGGACAACUCAACCCGUGGCCUCGACUCAAGCACCGCGCUCGAAUUCGUGCGUGCCCUUCGCAUCGCCACUGACCUCGUGGGCAACUCUACCAUUGUCUCUAUCUACCAAGCCGGGGAGCAGCUCUAUGAGGUCUUCGAUAAAGUCUGUCUCAUUUAUGAAGGCCGCAUGGUAUAUUACGGGCCAGCCAAUCAGGCAAGGCAGUAUUUCCUCGACAUGGGUUACGUACCGAAGAACAGGCAGACGACGGCGGAUUUCUUGGUCUCAGUCACUGAUCCUCUUGGGAGGCACACAAGAGAUGAAAUCAAAAUGGAGGAAGGUGACAUAGAGGGGGCAAAGGAGAAGAAGAAGGGAGUUGCGCUGGACCACGAGAGUGGGAGUCCGGCCAGAACGUUGCAGCCUAUUCCGCAUACCGCGGAUGAGUUUGAGGCGUACUACAUGGACUCCGAAGUCCGGAAAUGGAAUUUGGAGGAUAUGGCUGCGUACAAGAGGGACUUCGUGGACAGCAAGGAGGUGGCCGCUGCUUUUGAGGAGAGCGCGAAGGAGGAACAUGCGAGGCAUACUAGACGGCAGGUCAAGAUCGUGCUGCUGAGGCGCGUACAGAUCAUGAAGGGCAAUUGGACAGCACAGGCUCUCCAGACGAUGACCUUCGUCUUGCAAGCCGUCAUCAUUGGUACUACUUUCCUCAAAAUCCCAGACACCACCGCCGCCUACUUCUCCCGUGGCGGUGUUCUUUUCUUCGCUGUCUUCCUACCUGCCCUAUUUACAAUGUCCGAAAUUCCAGCAUUGUUCUCUCAGAGACGUAUCAUCCACCGGCACCAGAACGCCGCGAUGUAUCACCCUAUGGUUGAGGCAAUUGCGAUGGCGCUCGUGGAUGUUCCGUUCACGUUCGUGACUGUCGUGCUGUUCACGAUCAUCCUAUACUUCGUGGUGAGAUUGCAGACGAGCCCUGGGCAAUACUUCACUUUCUUCAUUUUCAUCUUUACGGUAUCAAUGUCUAUGAAGGCCUUCUUCAGAGGUCUGGCUGCGAUGUUCAGGAAGGAAGCCCCUGCUCAGGCUGUUGCGGGUGUGUUGCUUCUCGCCCUGUCUCUGUAUACCGGAUAUCAGAUUCCAAUGCCCUCAAUGAUUGGGGCCCUUCGCUGGAUCUCUUACAUCAACCCAGUACGAUAUGCCUUUGAGGGUAUCAUGGUGAACGAGUUCCAUACGCUUGAUGGGGUGUGCUCGACCCUUGUCCCAUCUGGUCCUGGCUAUGAGACUGUGUCGCUGGCCAAUCAGGUCUGCACGGUGCUUGGCUCUCAGCAAGGUCAGGAUCGAGUCAACGGGAACGCCUACGUCAAUCUGUCAUUUGAGUAUAGUUUCAGUCAUCUUUGGCGGAACUACGGCAUUCUAGUUGCUUUCGGGAUCUUCUUCCUCGUUUGCCUUGUCUUCUUCACGGAAAUCAACACCGCCGUAGCUAGUGAAAGCUCCGUGAUCUUAUUCAAGCGCGGCUCUAAAGCCGAACUGGUGAAAGACGCCGAAGCAGCCGUGACCUCAGGAGACGACGAAGAAAAGGAGAAGCCACGUCGGCCAGACAGCCAAGAGGUUAUGGAGGCCGACGAGGAGAAAGCCAAGGAAGCGAUGAUCGACCAGCCAAAGAUGACGAAUGUGUUUUCGUGGCAACAUCUGCAGUAUACGGUAAACGUUGGGGGGGAACAGCGGGUUUUGCUAGAUGGCGUUUCGGGGUAUGUUGCUCCACGGAAGUUGACGGCUUUGAUGGGGGAGUCGGGCGCUGGUAAGACUACACUCUUGAACGUCCUUGCCGAACGCGUCAGCACGGGUGUCAUCGGCGGGAACCGUUUCUUUAACGGCCAGGCGUUACCUAUUGACUUCCAGGCACAGACUGGUUACGUGCAGCAGAUGGACACACAUCUGCCGACGACGACUAUCCGGGAGGCGUUGGUCUUCUCUGCGCGUCUUCGCCAACCUCCGUCGGUCUCUGUUGCAGAGAAAGAUGCUUAUGCUGAGCAAUGUUUGAAGAUGUGUGGGCUAGACUCGGUGGCGGAUGCUAUGGUUGGGUCGCUCGGUGUCGAGCAGAGGAAGCGGACGACUAUUGGAGUUGAGCUUGCUGCGAAGCCCCAACUUCUCCUCUUUCUGGACGAACCAACUUCGGGACUCGAUUCUCAGAGCGCCUGGGCCAUCAUGGCUUUCCUCCGUAGUCUCGCUGAUAAUGGGCAAGCUAUCCUGUGCACUAUCCAUCAGCCUUCUGCGGAGCUGUUCCAAGUAUUCGAUCGAUUGUUGCUCUUAAAGAAAGGCGGUCAAACGGUAUAUUUUGGCGACGUGGGCAAGAACGCUACUUCUGUUAUCGAAUAUUUCGAAGCUGGGGGCGCGCGGGAAUGCCGACCCGGCGAAAAUCCGGCCGAAUUCAUGCUUGAUGUCAUCGGUGCUGGUGCUACGGCCGUCAGCGACCGCGACUGGCACGACGUUUGGCUGCAAUCGAAGGCCUUCACCAUUGCUGAAGCCGACAUUGAGAGACUUCAUGAAGAAGGACGCAAACAUCCGCCAGUGGGUGCAACUCUCAAGUCUGAGUUUGCGGAACCGUGGGCGUAUCAAGCCAAAACUCUAAUACAGAGGUCGUUCACGUGCUACUGGCGCGACCCGACGUACUUGAUGUCGAAGUUGACACUGAACAUCAUUGGGGGGUUGUUCAUUGGAUUCACGUUCUUCAAGGCAAAGGACUCGAUCCAGGGCACGCAGAAUAAGCUCUUUUCUAUCUUUAUGGGUACAAUUUUGAGCGCUCCCUUGGGUGGGCAGCUGCACGUCCCCUAUAUCAAGAUGAGGAACAUAUACGAGAUUCGGGAACGCUCCAGCCGAAUCUACCACUGGUCUGCGUUGGUAACGGCUCAAAUUCUAGUUGAACUCCCAUGGAACAUCCUUGGCUCCUCGCUAUUCUUCCUAUGUUGGUUUUGGACAGUCGGAUUUGAAACAUCACGAGCCGGGUUCACGUACUUCUUGUUCGGGGUCCUUUUCCCAGUCUAUUACACCACCCUUGCUCUGGCUGUCGCUUCCAUGAGUCCAACGGCGGAGAUUGCGGGAUUGUUAUAUUCCUUCGUCUUCUCCUUCGUCCUGAUCUUUGAUGGUGUCGUGCAACCAUUUAGCCAGCUUAACUGGUGGAAAUGGAUGUACCAUGUAUCGCCUUUUACGUAUCUGAUUGAGGCUUUGGUCGGGCAAGCUUUCGGGCACGAGCAAAUUAACUGCGCAGAGAAAGAACUCGUCACCUUGCAGCCUGUAUCAGGUCAAAGCUGUGGGUCUUACAUGGCACGAUUCAUUUCGCAGAAGGGCGGCUUCGUCACCAAUCCAGAUGCAUUGAGCGACUGUCGUUUUUGCACUUUCAGGACCACGGAUCAAUGGUUGGGGCCUACCUUCAAUAUAUACUAUUCACGUCAUUGGAGAGACUUUGGAAUUUUCUGGGCAUACAUCAUCAUAAACAUCUUUUCUGUUUACCUCCUCACAUACCUGGUCCGUGUUCGUAGCUAUAAUGGGUCGUCAUUCUUCAGGAAGAGAAUUGGAGUGCUUCUAGGUAAGAUGAAGAAAUAG